AGGCGGGCGGAGGGUGACGCUGCGGAGACGGAGGCCGCGGAUCAGUCUCUGCCGCUGCCUCGCUGGGCCGACUGGGAAGCAGGAGUCCGCCGCCGCCGCCGUCGCCGCCAGCGAGGGAGAGAGGGAGCUGCGGGAGAGCGCGAGGGUUCGGGCCCCGCGGAGGCAGCUGCCUCGGCCUCUCCGGUCGCUGCCUCGGCCGCCGCCGCCGCCGCCGCCUCCUCCUCUCCCCCGUCCCCGCCAACAUGGCCGCGGCGGCGUCCUCCUGAGGCGACUCCGCCUGGCGCCCGCCGGGGCCUCCGCCUCCGCCUCCUCCUGCGCCCACCUCCUUCGCCGCCGCCGCCGCCGCCGAGCCGCUGCUGCUUCCCCGCGGAGGGCGCGGGUCAUGGGCUGCUGCGCCGCCGCCGGCGGAGGAGGAGGAGCAGCAGCAGCACCCGCCGACGGAGCCGGGCAGGCCGCGAGGAGCAGCAGCCGCAGGGCGACCGCCGCCGCCGCCUGGCCGAUGGCUCCUUCACGCCGCUAGCCCGGAAGGCGAGAGCGCGAGGAGCGCGGAGAAGAGCCGAGGUGGGCCGCGGAAGGGACGCGACACAAGCGGGGAAGCUCCGUGGAGGGUGCGGGGCGGGGGGCAGGAUGGGGCUGAGGCUGAGCGGGGGGGGGCGGGAAAAUAGAGGCCUCAGAGUGGAAAAUCUGACAGCUGAGUGAGUGCGGGGGGGGGUGCCCUUUCCCUCGUCUUCCUCCUCCUCCCCCCGCGAUAGACCCGGGGCUCCAAAGUAGAGGCAGCUGGCGGCUGAGAAGAAAGAGUGAGGUAUAGGAGCGGACCUAGAGGGAAGAAAUCUGGGGAUUGGUUGGGGCGGAAGGGUGUAGGGGAGAGAGGUGGCUUUAAAACGGAGUGUGUGUGUUUGUGGUGAAUUGCUUCACCUCCACCUGGCACCAGUAGUCUAGGGGGAGAGCCAAAGAAGGGGCUGGAGGAUGGUGGCGGGUCAGCAAAGGAGUGUGUUGAGGUCCGCAGAGCUGGCGAAGGUGCAGCUGAAGGUGUUUUAAUGCUCUGCUUCCUUCCCCUACCCUCCACCCAAAGGCUCCGUUGCAGCUGAAGCAGUAAUAGCAGAGGCGGUGGUUACCCGGCAGCAGGAGGAGAGGCCUCUGCAAGGAGGAGAGGAGAGACCAAAGGAAGGGUUGAGAUCACCAUGGCCCACUCCCCCGUCGCCAUGCAGGUGCCUGGUAUGCAGGUGAGAGAGGGCUGUGGUGAAAAGCAUGCUGGGUGGGGGAGGGUGGGUUACACUGGGGCAGUUGCUGCAUCCCAGGUUCUGACUUGCCUUUUGCCGUUAGUACUCUUAGGUGUCGCUAAUGUGCUUUCAGCCUGACCAUUGAGCAAAUCUGCAAGAAGUCCAAGAGUGACAUGGCAGAGGGGGGAGCGUAUAUAUUUUUGAGGGCGAUUUUGGGAAAAGUCUCAGUGGGGAUGUUCUUUCAGUCCAGGAGCACUUGAGAGGUGACUCUACGUUUUUACCACUUUUCAUUCUUGUUAAACCACUUAGAAGCUUUACCAAGUGGUAUAUUGUUGUUGUUUAGUCAUUUAGUCGUGUCUGACUCUUCGUGACCCCAUGGACCGGAGCACGCCAGGCACUCCUGUCUUCUACUGCCUCCCGCAGUUUGGCCAAAUAUAUACAUGUUAUUAAAUAAGAAAGGUAUGGUAUAUACAUUUUAUUAAAUAAAUUCCAACAGGCUCUGCCUACAUCAUGAUGACUGUAGAGCUCUGUAUACACACAGUGGACCCUCUGGAUAGGGAUUUAAUUAGUUCCAGAGGUCUGUGCGUACCCCGAAAAAUCCAUAACCAGCGGCGCCGCUUCUGCGCACAUGCAUAGCGUGAUAGAGUGCUUCUGUGCAUGCACAAGUGGUGAAACCCAGAAAAAUACUUCCGGGUUUGCCGCUUUCGCAACCCAAAGAUUAUGUAUCCAGAGAGGUACGUAACCCAAGGGUCCACUAUAUAUAAAUAAAAUUGAUUUUUAAACAAAUACAAUAAGUAUUAAACACUUAUCCAUCAGUACAUCUAAUGGUGUUUGUUCUAGACAUACACUUGCACAUUCAACAUUCACUAUCAUUGUUGAAGGGAGAAGAGGUUUGGGAUGUGAAGAGCAAGCUGUUACUUCUUUGUGGCAUGCUUUUGUUUCAUGCUUGAAACAUGCAGAAACAUCUGAGGAGUUGCUGUUGGCCAUGGAACAUCUCUGUCAGCAGCCUUAAACUGCUGCUGAGCUGCUCCUGCCAAAUUCACGCUUAAGCUUGUUUGCACCAAGCACUGGCCAACCCCAGAAUGUUUCAGUAGAGUUACUAGCACCUUAUCUUGCAGCAACUGACCCCAUCUUGUUCUUUUACUCACUUUCCCUAGUGGAGGAAGUAAAGCUGUGCUUUGUUUUGGACUUUUUAAGUGCCAUGUCUUGUUGUGAGCACUGAAAUAGAUUAUAAAAUAGUUACACUUUUACUAAUGCUAAGGUAGGAUUUAUGUGGCCAGCUCACUGCUGCAUGCACCACCUCUGAUCAUGAAAAAGUGUUUUGAUAGUCUUAUUGAACAUUAAGCAUUAUUUGGUCUCUAUUGCUAGAUAGACUCCCAGUUAAGGAACCAGGAAUUUGGGGAGGGGGUGCUAAUAUGGAAGUUGUGCAUUCCAUAAUGUGCACUCAAUAAUGGGAACAUUACAACUGGGUCAAGAUUUAUACCUGUAAGUAAUACUUGUCUGUCCGUGGUGCUUGCAUGAAUUUAAAUAAAGGAAGUACUUUUUGUCAUUUUGUUGUCACAGACGAAUGCAGCUAGUAUUCUGGAACUGUAUACGUGUGGAUGGAUGUGCUUGAGUGUGAUGCAUUUCCCACUAGUUAUUUGCUAAUCUGUUGGGUGUUUGUGUAAUGCCACUAAACCCAUCAAAAGGACCUGUGGUUUUUUUAAAACAACAAGGGUGCUCUGGUAGGACCAGUAGGUUUUAUUGCUUUGGGUUCCCUUUUGUUGACCAGUUUUAUCUCUUUACAUUCUUUAUGGAUCAAAAGAUUCUGAUUCCUUUGCGCUCUUUUAUCAUCUAAAUCUAGCAUAUCUCAAAAGGUCAAUGAACCCUCCAAUUACUUUCAUUCUUCUCUAAUUCCAUCAUAUGCAUCAAGGAGCUGGCCACUAUAAAUUAAUCUAAAAAAAAAAAAAUCACAUGAGCUCCUUGGAAGGUGGCUAGAAACUGACACAGCUCGAAGAUCUUGCUCUAGAUUUUGGUACUUUGGCAAGGUAAUUGGUUUCUAACCUACUAUAAAAUUGAUUACUGCCCAACAAUUUCUGACUUGCCCACAAAUCCAUAAUUUCAGAACUUUAGUGUUUCCAAUUGUUUUAACCAUUUAAUGUCGUGUCUCAGUUUUGUCAUAGUUAGAUCCAUCUUCUUUACAUGUCUUGUUUUAAAAGAAUAGUGUGUGUGUGUGUGUGUGUGUGUGUGUGAGAGAGAGAGAGAGAGAGAGAGAGAGAGAGAGAGAGAGAGGGAGGGGUGGGGGAGUGGGAUUUUUUAAUCUUCCUUCAUAAACCACCCAGUAUCGCUUAGAUACAACUUUAACUGUAUAUGGUAACUAUUUUUUACUGAACCAGUAUAUUAGGUAGCAUUUCAAAUUGUAAGUCAGGAACGGAUGUAGCUCAGUAAUAGAGCACCUGCCUCACGUACAAAAGUUUCCUAGUUCAUUCGCUAGCAGACAGGGGAGUGGGGCUUACCUGACCUUGCAGGUGGGUUGCUGCUGGUUCCUGGGAGGGACAAAGCAGCGGGUAGUUUGGCUAUGUACAAGCACACCAGCAGAGCCAAAUAAGAUGCUCUUUCCAGUACAUUUAGGCAGUUCUAACCUCUCAACUGCUUUGCCCCUCCCACUCUUCCCCACAGUAAACAGAGAUAGCCUACCUGCCAGAAGGUCAAGUAAGCAAGCACUGGUGGCCCACACCACCAUAUGCUACUGGGUUCAGUCUGUGGUGCUUCCAGGUAGAGAAAUCUAUUAGAUGAACUAGUCAGCAUUCAUAAUAUUGCAGAUUGACCCUUGGUCUGAUGUAGUAUAAAGUAACAUCCUCUGUUCCUGUGACAUUAGAUUUCAUGGUAAGGCUGCAACCCUCUACCCAAUUUCCUGGAAGUCAGUCUUACUGAACUUUAGUGGAUUUAACUUUUGAGUAGACACAUAUAGGAUUGUGUUGUAAGUUUUAUGUUAAAAAGAUGAGCAGUUAGUAAUCCAUAAGCUUGAAAGUUUGCAAGUUAGUGUAUAUUUGGGUACAGUGGACCAAAGUUGUCUUGAGUCUGGAGUUAUUAGUUGUUAAUGAUAUAAUUAUACCUUUUUGCUUUCUCUAGUUUAAUGUUCAGUCUGUUUUAACUAUUUCAGACUUCCUUGCUUUGCCUAUAUCUCAAAGAUUACAGUGGGACACAAUGGGCUCCUUGAGAUGUAAUACCAAACCAUAGUUUUUGGGGGGGCAGAAAUGGCGACUAGCCAUUCUGUUUUUGCACCUGUAACCCAGGUUCCAGGAGCCAUUUGGCUCAUAGCUUUUUUUAAAAAAAUAUUUUAUUAAGGAUUUUCUUGUUUUGCAGAAGUAAGUGUAAUGCCUCGUUUUGUUUUGUUUUCCCAUGUAACAUUUUUACAAAUCCGUUUCAUUUGUUGAGGCAUUAGGGGGAAAAGAAGAAAGGGGGGAAAAGGAAGGAAAAAGAAAGGGGGGUGGAGGGAGGGGAGAUGGAUGGGGGUGGGGUCGGGUGGCAAUGUUUCUAUUAUGCUUAAUGUAUGUAGAGUUUGGUGUCAGCGUUGCUUGUGUUGUUCACUUGUGUUCCUUUGGUGGUGAGAGAGGUUGGGAUUGACCUAGGGUGUGAUUGUUUGUUUGUCAUUGGCUGUGGUGAUCUUUGUUUUCGUGUGUGAGUGAGGUGGGUGGGUGUUUUGGAUCAGGUUAGCCAUAUUGAUUUGUAUGGUGUUGGUGGAUUAUUGUGGCUCAUAGCUUUCAUAUAUGAGUUUCUAACAUUGGGCCAGACAUAAAAGAAGACAGGGUAAACCCUUUGUUCAGUAGGCUAAAUUUCAGCCAUACAAAAACCAUCUUUCUGUCCAGGCAAACAAAGUAUUAUCAUAGUUGAAGAACACAUUUCAACCAUAUUAAAAGAGUAGAAAGGGGCACAAAGCAGAACUGGUGAGGGAUGUGGCCUGGGGAGGGUUCCUGAGGUCUGGGUAAAGAGGUCUGGUGUGUUCUCCACCCCUGUUGUAGACACCUAGCUUUGUGGUGACUGUAGAAACUAUCCAGUACUUUUUGAUACCCAAAACAUACCUUUAUUUAAUGAAUGCUGUUCAAGUGACUUGAAAUCAGAUUUAUUGGCUUCAUCCAUGGUUCUUGCCACAAUUUGCUUUCCACAGACUUAUUAUGGCAGUACUUCCAUGAAGAAUAGAAUUAUACAACCCAUCUCACCUUGCUUCACCCACAGUCUAAUAAAAGCCAAAUGCUUGUUGAUUUUCUGUGCUAAAAUGUGGAUCUUGGAAGCUGCCUUUCACAGUUCUAUGUUUAAAGCAUAGGUCUAUACUCGCAGAAUGUAUUUGGUAGCUAUGCAUGGGGAGUUUUAAGUGACGAAGGAUCUUGGUGCUGCGUAUACUGUAAGAGAAUCUGCCUUCCUGGAUGGGGCCCAGAGGAAUCAUUCAGCUGUUGAAACAAAUACUUUUGUAGUUGUUGCUGAAUUCUUCUGUGAAUUCUGUGAUAAGGGGCACAGUGAUCCUUCAGCUGAUCCUGUUGUGAUUCUGGUUUUUUUACAUGGUUUGCUCAUGUUGGGACAGGGUGAUCUUUGAAACUUUUCUACCAAUAUCAUUAAGAUUAAACUUCGUUGCAGACCUUGAAUUUCCAAGUUUCGUGCAGUCCUCUUCUUCCCUUCUCCCACUCCCAAUAUCUAAGAACAUUUCAGAGACUUUAAUAGGUGACAGCUUGCAACUUUUUCAUGGUAUGUUCUUCAUCCAACAUGCAGCAACAUGUUCCACAACCUUGGUGCAGCCGCUGAUAAUUUCAGUUUCUAAUGUUGUAGGUAGAAGAUUAGAAAUUGAAAUGAUCAGUGGCUGCACCAAGGCUGUGGAACAUGUUGCUGCAUGAUGGAUGAUUACCAGUUGGUAAAAGACUUUUUAAUAAUUCUGACAAGGUUUUUGCCUGCUAAGUAUCUGUGGUCUUUGUCUUGCCUGCCUAGCAAAGUGCUUCAUUGUAUGGCAAAAGCUUUUGGCAGGGUGCAUACAAGCCUUUCAAUGGAAAUAAUUCGUUAAUUUAGGUGCAGCCAUGGAGAAGGCACUUUCACUCAGCCCCAGCAGCUGAACGUACACCAUAGUUGGGACCUAGAUAAGAGUUUCUCCAUCACAUCUUUGGUAGUAGGUUGGCUGCAUGGGAGAAGCUGGUCCCUAAGGUAUCUUGGACCUAAGUCAAGGUCCACAGAGAUGCUUUAAAAAACUCCAAUUUAAAGUACAACUUAAAAUGUCAUGGUAAGAUUAAAACCAGCAGGAACAAAAAUGGAAACAACAGAUAAUGUUUCUUCCCUCCUUGGUUAUAAUACGCUACUACCACCCUCUACAGCUCUUCAAACCUCAGUUCCUAGUUUUAGAGGAAGGUAUGGGUUUUCUCAGCAGUAGCUAAAUAUACAUUCUUACCAUACGUGACGUUUUUCUCAAAUUAUUCCCCUGUGUAGAAUGUUAAAUUAUAAGCUCUUCUAGGCAGAGACUUCUCUGCUUGCAUUGGUGCUUGUGUGUGUGCGCGCACACACACACACACACACACACACACACACAUAUGCAUAGAGGGACGUGGGUUGCGCUGUGGUCUAAACCACUGAGCCUCUUGGGCUUGCUGAUUGGAAGGUCGGUGGUUCAAAUCAGCAUGACGGGGGAAGCUCCCAUUGCUCUAUCCCAGCUUCUGCAAACCUAGCAGUUCAAAAGCACACCACUACAAGUAGAUAAAUAGGUACCCCUGCAGCGGGAAAGUAAACAGCAUUUCCGUGUGCUCUGGCUUCCGUCAUGGUGUCCUGUUGUGCCAGAAGCAGUUAAGUCAUGAUGGCCACAUGAUCCGGAAAGCUGUCUGUGGACAAAUGUCGGCUCUCUCGGCCUGAACACAGAGAUAGAUGUGCACUGCACCCCAUAGUCAAAUUUGACAGCACUUAACUGUCCAGGGGUCCUUUACCUUUACAUAUACAUUUACAUUUACAUACAAAAACCCACACACAUAAAUACAUACAUAAGAUCACUGUCCAAGUCCUGCAGGUAUUAGAAGUUGGCCAUGUGGUUAGACGUAACUAAGUUAUCUAUAUGUGACUUUGAGACUGUGGUUUUCAAACAGAGAAUGUUACUUUGGCAAAGAAUAUUUCAACAUACACAACACCCUCAACGGUUCCUCAUAAGGCUUGGUUCUCCAGACCCUUGAUCAUCUUGGGUGCCCUUCUCUGCACAUGCUCCAGCUUGUCAAAAUAAUAAUAAUAAUAAUAAUAAUAAUAAUAAUAAUAAUAAUAAUAAUAAUUUUAUUUAUACCCCACCCAUCUUGCUGAGUUUCCCCAGCCGCUCUGGGCGGCUCCCAAUCGAGUGUUAAAAACAAUACAACAUUAAAUAUUAAAAACUUCCCUAAACAAGGCUGCCUUCAGAUGUCUUUUUAAAAUAGGAUAGCUGCUUAUUUCCUUGACAUCUGAUGGGAGGGCAUUCCACAGGGCGUGCGCCACAACUGAGAAGGCCCUCUGUCUGGUUUCCUGUAACCUCACUUCUCGCAAUGAGGGAACUGCGCUGGGCAAAACGUUUAAUUAAACUGAACAGCUUAUUAAACGGUGAUGUCCAGAACUGGACACAAUUUUCCAGGUGUAGUGUGACCAAGGCAGAAUAGAGUGAUACUGUGAUGUCACUUGAUCAGGACACUAGGUAUCCCCCAUCCUUUAUUUGUUCAUUUGUCUUAAAAUUCCUGACUAGAGAUGUAAAAUUUCCAGAAAUUUUGAAGCCAAGAGAAAAAAACAUUUUUUCCCUUUUUUCCCCUGGAAAAAAUGGAAAUUUUGGAAAAAUUGAAAAAAAGUUCAGUGUGGAGUAGUUUUACAAAUUGCAUGAAACGCAGUGUAUAUAAAAGUAUUACGCUUGCAAUAAAACAGGUAACCACCCACCUUUCCCUCAAAAGCAACAAAAAAGCAAAAAACCAUCAACAUAAAAAAUAAUCAGAUUUGCACCUUAGCACCAAUAGCAAAUAAAGUUAAGAUCCAUCUCAGUAUUUAAGCUCCAUAGAAGGUCUACCCUUUGAGUAGUGCUUUAAAAAAAACAAAAAACAGAAGACACAACAUAUACAUGUAGUUUAUUCUAUCUCAUUUUCUGAACUACUGCUAUCAUUUUCCAUUUCUUCUUCCUCUUCCUCUGUCAUUUUUCUCAUGGAUUUCUAAAAAACAGCUUUGGGAAUUAAUGGAGAAAAACCUGUUCUUUCCGGGGUUUUUCCAGGCCUUGCCAUCUCUACUUGAGGUCAGCCAGGGCUAAUCGCAAGGCAAAUUUGUUGCAUGCCAGGCCCAGAAGUAACCAACAUCCAGUUAUUGAAUAACAUGUUGCACUAAGGCUCAAACUCUGUUUGAAAGGAAAAGGAGUGUGUGUGUUUUUAAAAUUGAAUUUGUUAUUAUGUAUUAUAAACUGCAUGAUGGUAAGAGAGCUUUCUAAACAGUUUACAAAAAUAUACAACAGAACAUUAAUAUGACUGAUAAAACACAGUUAAAGGCAGGUAUUUAAGAGUACAGUGGUACCUUGGGUUACGAACGUAAUUUGUUCCGGAAGUCCGUUCUUAACCUGAAACCAUUCUAAACCUGAGGCGCGCUUUCGCUAAUGGGGCCUCCCGCUGCUGCUGUGCCGCUGGAGCACGAUUUCCAUUCUCAUCCUGGGGCAAAGUUCUCAACCAGAGGUACUACUUCCGGGUUAGUUUGUAACCCGAAGUGUUUGUAAUUUGAAGCGUAUGUAACCUGUGGUACCACUGUAUUCAAAUAUGAUUAAAGUCAGCAGUGGUUAAAAGGAAGUAAAUUGCAUGCAGCUUUUACGUGUUCAGAUGGGCUGGCCCUAACGAAAAUGUUUUGAGCAGUUGCUGGAAAGAGUACAGUGAGAACACCUGCCUGGUAUCAGGCGGCAGGGAGCUCCAAAGUGUGGGUGCUGGAAGACCUGGGGAAAAAACGGAAAAAUGGGGGGUGGGGGGACAGGUUUUUUUCCCCAAAGGCAUUUUUUUCCAGGAAAAAUGGGGAGGGGGGAAUAGUGUGUGGCAUAUUCAAAGUAUAUCAAACUCCCCCACCCCCCGCAGGAAAAACCGGCUUUGGGAAAAAACGGGGGGAAACCUGGUUUCCCCCAAUUUUUCUGGGUUUUUUCCAGGCCUUUCAUUUGUUAGUUUGGUCACAUUGAAUCCUGAUUCGAUCUUCUGAAGGGGUUAUGGGAAGAACCCAUUUUUCAUCAUUAGCCUCCUUGAAUGGAGGCAAUUCUCGCCAUACAUGAGUAGCUGCAAGCAAAUUGGAAGUGAAUUUUCAUUUUUCAAACCUAAAAAUAUAUUCCUCCAUUUUCUCCCUUUGAUUUUGUGAUUAUUCUUGGGCAGGGCUGAAUUCCAGGAAAAACUUUGUAGAGUUGGCAAUAAACUUUAUGUAAUAGCACACUUCCUUUUACUUCAUAGCUGGUAGCUUAACCUAGAUAUGCAUAGAGUUAAUAGUAUUCUCUGUUUUGGUUUUAUAUAGCUGCAGAGAAUUCUUGGAUGACUUUUUUUCCUUUUAAAUGAAGGCGCAUAACACAAAACAAAUGUUUCUUCAAGGAUGGAUGUAGCAUGGAAGUGCGUGUAGCUUGAUUUCAGGAAGUGUUAACAGAUCUGGGCUUGAAUGUAGUGUUCUCUCAUAGGUAUAUUUAAGUUAGGACCAUGGAAAAUAUUUGGACACCUGUACUUGCAACUUUCACUGCAUAAUGUUGGACUUGUUUGAAGGAGCUUGAAAUAGAAUAAUUCCUGCUUAGCUUGUCCAGAACUCUAAACAAGGUGGUAUUAAAUUUAAAUCAGGUUACCCUAAGACCGUCAUGACUUCCUUCAGAGAUUCAUGGGAACUGUAAGUUUGAUGGUGUUAAGAGUUUUCUGAAGAGGUUCCCUUGCCUCUCAAAGUACUCAAGUUUCCAAAUAUUGUUGAGACUGGUUACAACAGUAUAGUGUGUGCACACAAACAGUAUGUGAACAGGACUACAGUCAUACCUCAGGUUGAAUGUGCUUCAGGUUGAGCGUUUUCAAGUUACGCUCGACGACAACCUGGAAGUAACGGAGUGCAUUACUUCCAGGUUUCGCCCCUCGCGCAUGCGCAGACGCUCAAAACGACUUCACGCGCAUGCAUGGAAGCGGCAAAACGCGACCUGCACGGUUGCGUCUUACGUUCUAUUCAGGAUGUGAACAGGGCUCCGGAACGGAUCCCGUUCACAUCCCGAGGUACCACUGUAUAUGCAUUUACUUUGAUCUUUCCAUUGUGUAUUUGCUUUGAUUUUUUUUGUGCUCUGUGGUGAGCCACAGGAGUUUUUGUGUGUGUUUGACUUAGUUCCCUUCCAUGGAACCUGCGUUCCUUACAUAUGUAGAGGUUACUGGCAUAUUUAUACUGAAAAUUCGUAUCUAAUUUUAAAUCAUUCCAGCCUGCUGAGUUGUCUUGGGUAGCGUAAUGUAUUUUGUCUGUGAUUUGGAUCUGACAUACCUGUUAUUAACUGAAUUCUGAACUACCUUAGUAUUUUGACAAUGAGAUGCUGAUUAACAACAAAAAUAGGCUCAUUUAAGCAUAAAUGUGGUUUCUGGCUGUGGAGAACUGAAAGUUCAAUCAGAAGCCCUGGAAGCGGCUUGUUCACUAAUAUAAUAUAUAAGUUUUCCUUUUACAAAAUUUGGAGGGUGGGUAGAUCUGCCUUUCUAUCUGCCAUUUUAUCCCAUCAGGGGUACUCUUUUUAAAAAAAAUAAAAAUAUUUAUACACUGCUAUGCUAUAAAAAUAUAUAGAAGUGGGUUACAGCAAUAAAACAUAAAACUGUACAAUAAAAACCAUAACAAAGUUAAAAACAGACAUCAAUUAACCAUUGUAGAAGAAUGUGUUCUUAAAUGCCUGCAUAGCUAGGCCUGGCAGGGUAGAAAAGUUUGUAGCAGACAUUUUAAAAAUAUGGCACAGAAGGUGUCUGCUGAAUUUCCAUUGGCAGAGUGUUCACAGGACUGAGCCAAUGAAAAUAAAGACUCUUGUUAUCAAAUGAGCCUUACCAACUCAGGGAAUGACCAGCGAUGCUCCUGCAGGUGAUCUCAGUGAUCGAUCUGGGAUGUAAGGGUUCAGGUAAUUCUUGAGGCACUCUACAGCUAAGUUGUUCAGGCUUUGUAAAUUCAUACAAGAACCAUGACCCCAGCUCAGUAGUAAAUGGGCAGCUAGUGCUCCUGUUUUAACAAUGUCUUCAUGUGUUCUCAACUAGGAGCUCCUUUCAGCAGUCUGAGUGCCACAUUCUGCACCAGCUGGAGUUUCUGACCCAGACCCAAGGGCAGCCCCACAUAGUGCACAUUACAGUAAUCUUGCCUUGAGGUUUCCAACACUUGGUGAACUGCAGUGGUCAGGCUUUCCCUGUUCAGGAACAGCUGUAGUUCCAGACGAACGAGAUGAAGCUCAUAAAAGGCACUCCUGUCCACAGAGGACACUUGGACUUCUAGCUGCAAAUGUGUUUUCAGGAGUACUCCAAGCAAUGCACUUGUUCCUUCAGAGCCAGUGCAGCCCCAUCCUGAACAGGUAACUUCCUGAACAGGUAAACAUGGCAACCACCUACCCAUGAGGGGAUACUGAGAUUCCAACCUUAUUGAUGCCAUUCUGGAUGGGUUUGAAGGAGUACAGGAAUACUUGUUCAGUUGAAGAGGGAGUUGUGUUGGGACUUUGCAUCCCCAGAAAAUGUAGCAGCUUCACAGCCCUUGGUUCACAUUACAUUCAUCCCUUGGAAGUCAAACGGAAUCCGUUCCGGAAGUCUGUUUGACUUCCAAAAGGUUCAGAAACCAAAGUGCAGCUUCUGAUUGGCUGCAGGAAGUUCCUGCAGCCAAUCGGAAGCCCCAUCAGAUGUUUGGCUUCCAAAAAUAGUUUGCAAACCGGAACACUCAGGGUUUGUGGCAUUUGGGAGCCAAAACAUUCGAGAACUAAGCUGUUCGAAAACCAAGGUACAGCUACUACUUUUCCUGGAUGAAACAUUAGAACUUGCCUUCAACCUUUAGCAAUAUCUGUCAGAUUGAAAUCAUGUUUGUUGGCAUAUCUAUGCAAAGGCUGUGCUUGGAAACUGGCCAACACUCCAGUUGUGUUGCAUGUGAUGGGAUGGAAUUCACAGCUUGUUCUCAGUCUGUGAUGGUUCUUCAGGUUUAACUGGAGUUUAUAGCUCAAAAAUGUGCACACGGAACUCCUAUUUUGGCCGAUAGGAAUUUGGAGGCUAAUAUUGAUACUGAAGAACAGGUCAGUAGAAUACUAUUUUUAAAGCUGUUUUCAGAGGGCACUCCAAUUGUCACAAUAGAAAUAUUUAAAGAGUAUAGUCAAAAAAUGAAGGCAGACUUACUCCUUUAGUAAAAGCAGCAAAUAUUAAGUAUAUGAAGUGUAACAAAUGCGCACUAGUUACAGGUAGGUAGCUGUGUUGGUCUGCCGCAGUCGAAUUAUUGUCAGUUAGAGAAAGUGGUGCAAUAAUACAAAACCUUCAGAAUGAAAUUAGCCAUUCUUUCUUGCUCACAACUCCAGACGUUUGUGGAGUCUGAGGGAAACUUGUUUACAAAAGACACCCCCCCCCCAAAAAACCCCACCCUUUUGAAGAUGACAUGCUCCAGAUAAGAUGUAAAUAAAGAUACCACUUCUGAUGGGUUUAUGUGGAAUACUUAAUCUGUAGAAAUAUUAAUUAUAUAUAUAUUUUAAAUGAUAUUUAUUAAAAUUUCAGAAAAAAGAAUUACAUAAAAACAAGAAAAGCAAAAACGAAAGACAGAAGUAAAAAUACAAGAAAAAUACAAAAUACAGAAUAAAAGAAUAAAAACCACUUAAAAAGGGGAAAAAAUAGAUCAAUCUUUCCAUGCCUUACAUUCAUAUCCUUGUUUCCCUGACCUCCUCAUACCUCCCUUUUUUGUAUUCCAAUUCAAUUAGUUAAUUCAGCAAUUUCUUUCCCUCUUUAUUUUCUCUUAAUCCUUUAACUUAAUAUACUAUAACUUUAAAUUUUCACCUGUUAUCAAUCCAUUUUUACAUACACCUUUAUAGCAUUACUGCUUAAACCACCUAACUUCAUUCUAACAUCAUUCUAACAUUCAUUAAUUUUGCAAUAUUUCUGUAGAUAGUCUUUAAAUUUCUUCCAAUCUUCUUUCACCAACUCUUCUCCCUGGUCUCGGAUUCUGCCAGUCAUUUCCGCCAAUUCCAUGUAGUCCAUCACCUUCAUGUGCCAUUCUUCCAGAGUGGGUAGGUCUUGUGUCUUCCAAUACUUUGCAAUAAGUAUUCUUGCUGCUGUUGUGGCAUACAUAAAGAAAGUUCUAUCCUUCUUUAGCACCAAUUGGCUGACUAUGCCCAGGAGAAAGGCCUCUGGUUUCUUCAAGAAGGUAUAUUUAAAUACCUUUUUCAAUUCAUUAUAGAUCAUCUCCCAGAAAGCCUUAAUCCUUGGGCACGUCCACCAAAGGUGAAAGAAUGUACCUUCAGUUUCUUUACAUUUCCAACAUUUAUUAUCGGGCAGAUGAUAGAUUUUUGCAAGCUUGACUGGGGUCAUGUACCACCUGUAUAUCAUUUUCAUAAUAUUCUCUCUUAAGGCAUUGCAUGCCGUAAACUUCAUACCUGUGGUCCAUAACUGUUCCUAGUCAGCCAUCAUUAUGUUAUGUCCAACAUCUUGUGCCCAUUUAAUCAUAGCAAAUUUCACCGUUUCAUCCUGUGUAUUCCAUUUCAACAGCAAGUUAUACAUCUUUGACAAAAUCUUAGUUUUGGGUUCUAACAGUUCUGUUUCUAAUUUUGAUUUUUCCACCUAGAAAGGUUAAUUAUAGUUCUAAAGAUAACAAAAAUAACUUGGAACAUUUUAACUAGUUUGGAAAGAAAUAGAACUAAGAAAAGGAUUUCUAGCAUACAAUCAGACACUAGUGAGAGGGCUAAUGCUGUAAUCCUGAGAAUACCUAGUUAGGUUUAAAUCCCUUUAAAAUUAUUGGGACACUUUUCAACACAGAUGUAGUCAGGGUUGCAGUAUUGGCUCCAAAGACAAUAGAGAGCAGAGUAGAGAGCCCUUGAAAACUGUUAAUUGGGGAAGAAAUCAAUAUUCAUUUAAACUUGCAGACUAUGUGCUUUGGUGUAAUGAAGGGUAAUGAUUUGUUGUACGUUUUAUAAAAGCAAAGUGCUUCAUGUUAAUAAUUAUGUGCUUCUUGAUAUUCCUGCUCUGUUGUCAUCUUGAUCAAGCUUUGAACUCUGCUUUGUCAGGAGAAAAGGCACUGUUUUCCCUCUUGAGUUUUAGGUUAUUUAGCAUUAUAGCAGGGAGGAUCAAACAGUGUUGACUGAAGUGGGUGUUCACAAAGAUAUAGACUGGUAGAAACAUUGUUCUUAAUUUGCAGCCUCAGACAACCCACUCUGGAAGGCAGCUCGGUGUUCCAGUAUGACCUGGAGCAGCUAGUCAUGUUAACUUUUGAUUGAUGUUUCUGUGAUGUUGAGACCUGCUAACUUGUUAGACUUGAGAACACAAAUUAAUUUUGCAUAGACUGCUCAGUGUCAGACAGAUAUUGCUAACAACCUUCCUGUUUUGAGGGCUGAUGUAAGAGUUUAUGUACAUGCCAAACUUCUGCUUUUCACAGAAAACGACAGCUGUAGUUUUAAGUGCAAAACACUUUUCAGGACUAUUCAGUUACUCCUUGUAGAAUUGCAAGCGAAGGCAAAUUACAUUAUUUUUUAAACCAGUGGUUCCCAGUUGGUGGUCUGCAGACCUCAAUGGGUCAGCGUAACCCAUCUAGGGGGUCUGUGGCACCAUUCACAUAACAAAAACUACUAUAGAUAUCAAAAUUUUCAAAAACAGGCAGUCCUUGGCUUUGCUUUUGAAAAAUGGGGUCCUCAGUAGUUAGAUAAUUGGGAACCACUGCCUUAAACUAUUAGGGUUUAGUACCUCACAGAUGGUUGAUUCCUACUAUGGCAUGUAGAGUCAGUAAAAGAGCAUAUACCUCCAGUCUUUUAGCAUUUUAAAUCUACUUUCUAUAUGAGUAGGUGCCAGGAUUAAAGGUAACUAAUGGCCUUCUGAAGCAUAGAAGGGACUCUUCCCCUUUUGCAAAUGAGGCACCUGUCACUAGAGUAGUGCCACUUGCAGCGCUGAGUUUGGCAUUAUUUUCUGUUAGGCGUUGGACCCAUGUCUCACGGGUAGUCCAGCUUUUCUAGCAGUGUUGGAUCAUUGUCUAGUUGCUUCACAAUAUUCACAAAUGUAUAUUGCUACCAGAGUAACUCUUGUUGUUCAUAGCUAUGAGAUACCAGCCUAGAUAAGUGUAUUGCAUUGCAUCUGGGAAAUGCUAAGGCUUUGCUGGUUUACAGAACAGGUGGAUACAUUAUUCAGUGCACUAAUACUUGGUAAAUAUCUUCAUGUAGAUUUAGAUUUCGUCAUCUUGAAAAGUAUUCCUGACCCAAACUAAUGAAGGAAGUAAAACAAUGAAAUAUAACAUACAAAGGUUAAAGAGAUUUCCUUGUUGCAAGUCAUACCACUUCAUGUUUCAUCUCUCCACCUGUGUGGUAAUAGUUCCUUGUCUACUCUUUCUUUGAGGCUACCUACUGUAGUUUGUAUUCCCUAUUUUGCACAACUGAAUUCAUGACUCCAAUGCAGGUAUUACUGUAAGAAAAAACUUAUUAAACAAAAGGAUUCUUCUACUGGGCAAGCUAAGGUUUCUCAGCACAUUAAGGUAGAAUAUGGGAGUGUUACAAGCAAACAACAGAAUAUCAACUCAUGACAGGGGUGUGAAAUCUCAAACAAGAAUCACCAGGUUAUUGGGCAGUGUCACAUCUCAAGAACAUUCCAGUGAAGAUACUGACAUGACAGAUAUCCUUAAACUCUCUGUAAAUAUUUGUUUUGCUAAGGCUUCCCUGAACAUGGUGGAUAUGAUCCUUUCACUAGCUUACAGAUAACUGCUGUGUUUUUUAUUGUAAUGGAGAGAACUAUAGACCAGUUAUGGGUAACCUCAAUCCUGGGGGCCAAAUGUGGCCCUCCAGGUCCUGGGGUGCCUCCCAAGAUACACCUCCUCUCACCAGCCCAGUUCCACACACUCCAUGGGUGCUGUUGCCCGUAUGGAAUGUAUUUUUAAACACUGACCUUGAGGUAGUGGUUGAAUGGGGGGGGGUAGAAACCUCUGGCAUGGCUGCAAUGUCACCUACCAUAAAAAGGUAAGAGUCACAUCUGUUGCAAUUCUGCUGCUGACCCUGCUCACCACUGGCAUCCCUGGAAAGUUGUCCACACAGGAAUGUGGUCCUUGGGCUGAAAAAGGUUGUAGAGUUAGGGAACCCAGGGGUCUUCUAGUCCAAUCGCCUGCAACACAGGAACCUCAAUUAAAGUAUCCAUGACAGAUGGCCAGCCAGCUUCUGCUUAAAAACCUCCAAUGAAGAAGAGUCCACAACAUAGAGAUAAUCCUCCAAUUUUUAUUUUGCUGUCUGUCAAAAGUAUCAUACAGUGGUACCUUGGAUUACAUACGCUUCAGGUUACAUAUGCUUCAGGUUACACACUCCACUAAGCCAGAAAUAGUGCUUCAGGUUAAGAACUUUGCUUCAGGAUAAGAACAGAAAUCGGGCUCCGGCAGCAGGAGGCCCCAUUAGCUAAAGUGGUGCUUCGGGUUAAGAACAGUUUCAGGUUAAGAACGGACCUCUGGAACGAAUUAAGUACUUAAUCCGAGGUACCACUGUAAUCCCAUACUUUGGGGGGUGAGGUAGAAAAGAGAAUAUGGGUUGUGCUUCCUUGUUGCUUUCAAACUUCCCUUAGUGUUUGUUGAUAGGAAGACUUUCCUUUAUAGGCUAGGCACAUUAUCCACAGUUAAAUUUAUUCUAAAUUUUGUAGUAUUAUUUUAAUAUCUCUGCAUGCUGAUGGGCAUAAAGUAGCUUUCAAGUAGCUAGGAUUUGCUUCAAGUUGAGGGUUCAACUGACAUCAUAAAAUGUAUGAAUUGUUUUUUUGAAAGUCUUAAUAUGUUCUAAAGGCAUAUUGAUGAUUACUUAUAGCGUUUACCAUCUUGCACUUGAAAGGCUUCAAAGUGCUUCACAGACCUCCUUGCAAGCUGUAAGAUCAAUUUAGGUCAGUAUCCUCCCUACAUUACAGAAGGGGAAUGGGGCUUGAGAGUUUAUUGCUUCUUGAAGGCAGUUCUAGUGGGUUCAUGUGUUCUCUGGAGAUCUAUGUUUAUAGGCAAUUUUCCAUCUCUAGUUUUCUAUCCUACUUAAAUAACAUUCCUGAAAUGAAUAUUUUAAUCUUCCCUAGGGAGCUGCCUUUCAGGCCUCUCUGCGACCCCAAAAUAAAUAAGAUAGAAUAGCUUGUACUGUAAGUACAAAGUUAAGAAUAACUGUCCUGCUACAGUUAUGGUUCUUAAGAGAUCCUUAGAAUGUCAUGAUGGAUCAAAAUGCAAAUUGAAAGGCAAAAUUGGGCUGUGGAGUUAUUAACUUCUUGUUUUGACUUUUAAUUGUGCAAACUCACCUCUACCCUUAGGAGAAUCUUCUUUAACUUAGCUGCUUUAGUUGAUGACUUUCAUCUGUGUAAUUUUUAAAAAUAUGCUCAGUUGCAAAACUACAAAUAAAGGUCUCAUAUAUUGACAAGCUCUGAGAUCCAGCCCCAUCAAGCUUAAAAAAUCACAAUCUGGUAUCAUCCAGUGGACACUGAUGAACCAGGACAAGUUUAGAAUCCCCCAAAAACAUUGUCCAUUUUGGGAAGUGUUCUCUUUGUGGAUGAGUGUAUGGGGAACAGUAUUCUUGCUGGAGGCUGAAGGGAAUGACAAAUUGGAGGGGUGCUUUUCCAAUGAGAAGCACCGUGGCUGCUUCUCACCAAGAAUAUUUUGAUACAUGAUUCUUGCUAGGCUUAAGGAUUGACACAGAAUGAUGAACCCCUGAAUGUUAAUCCUGCAAGUUACGAAGAUGUUUGUUCGCUUUCACUCUUGGCUGCUGGGGAUCAUUGGCUUGAGUUCACACAGUUGAAAAUGCCAUGGGGAGCUGGAAUAAUUGAGGGCACUUUCCCUGCUAUUUUGUCUCAAACAAUGGGAGCACAAAAAGAAUGGUCCUGCUAAACGCGGGAAUGGGGAAGUGCAGGCAGGUCUCCUGCUAACAUUGCUUCUGGCCAUGUACAAACUGCCUGCUGCAUUAGUUUCCAUGGAGGCAGCAUGCCACUGAAUGCCAGUUGCUGAGAACUGCAGGAGAGAAGAGUAAUGUUGUGGUCAAGUUAUGUUUGUAGGCUUCCCAUGGGCCUGUGGUUGGCCGCUGUGAGAACAGGGUGGUGGGCUGGAUGGAUCCUUGUUCUGGUCCAGUAGGGUUCUGCUUAUGUUCUUACGGAGGAUUUUCAAAGUGACAGUAUAGAUAGCGACUCUUCAGUACAAGUGCUGCUAAUUUAGACAGCGAGUGCGGGAUUAUUUAUUAUUUUCAGAAUUCUAUCACUUCUUAUUGUUUUGUUCAGAGUUCCUUGCCACUGAAAAAAGUAUUUUUUUGUCAUGGAACAUGUGACAUCAACUAUCAUGAUGUUUUAGGGUUGCCAUAUUUUGAAGAGCAAAAAAAGAGGACACAUUUGCCAACUUCUACUUUUAACUACAGAGCUCUUACAGCUAUAGAAGCUGUGAUAGAUAUAUUGUUAGUAGCAAUGUUCUUAACUUUCAACCUAAUAAUAAUAAUAAUAAUACAUAUUUCUCUCUCACUUGCCACAUACACCUUUGUGAACAUAAGUGUGCACAGAACAAUUUAUUAAACUGUUUAACAUGUAUAUUCCAUUUAUGAAAAACAGUGAGAAAUGGGAGCGUGAUGCAUGAGGCUUUAAAAAUUGUAUUUAUCUUUUGUAAAAAAUCUUGGAUUAGUGUAAACAAAAAACCAAACAAAAAAAACCAGGACAUUUUGCCAAAUUUUAAAAAUCUGCCUGGACAGAAAUUUUAAUCCUGAAAAAGAGGACCUGUCCAGGAAAAAGCUCAUGUUGCAACCAGACCUGAAAAAGAGGACAACCCUAUGAUGUUUGCACUAUUAAGUCAUACUCAGAUGAGGCCUAUUGAAAUCAAGGUACUUAGGUCUAUUGCGUUCAGGGGGUCUUCUCCUAGAAUGGCUGGCUUCCCUUUUAUCCCUCAUAGUGUAUUGAAUAGCAAAGAGCAUCACUGACACAUAAUGUUACGUUUUUGCUGGUUUAUGUAAUGGUUAAGGAAACAAGUCCUUGCUAAAUGCUGGAUUACUGAAUUUGGUUAUGUUUGCCUUUUUUAUUUCAACUCAGAUGAUGUUUGCAUACAGCUGCUAACAGUCUUUAAACAGAUUUCUAAAGUGGGAGAUUCUAAAAGUAUAUCUAGUUUUGGAAAAACCUACAUUAUUUCUAAACAUCUAGGAAACUGACACAUGUUUCCUUGUAAACUUGAAAAGAAAAAUCCCUGCUGGUUUCUUUAUCUUUGAGAGGUGAUUUUUUACAAGCAUCCUGAUUCUCCUCUUGCAGCAGUACCCUUGCCUUUUUCUGGUAGCAUCCAGUCCUUGGGGUGGGGUACAGCUGGGGAUGAAGAGUUAGAAGUGGAAAAUUCCAUGAGGCUUUAGAACAGUUUUAGCGCUGAAGGAAAUAGUCUAUGCAAUUAUCAGCUGGUUUCUAAAGAGGAACAAUUAGGCAAGCUGGGAAUGUUGCACAACUGCUGCAGCUUGUACUAAAAAAAAGUACAAAUUGGAACAUGCUCCAGGUUCAGGCCUUGUUUGUAGUGCAUAAGUUCCCUGGGCCUUUGCAAUUCUGUAUUUGCAAAGGGCUGAGUAAAGUUCCUGGGAAAGAUAACUCCUGGGUUGCAAAAUGUUACUGCCUAGCAUCUAUUAGCAUAGCCAGUGUGAUGGGAUAGUGCUUAGGGCAGGGGUCAGCAAACUUUUUCAGCAGGGGGCCGGUCCACUCUCCCUCAGACCUUGUGGGGGGCCGGACUAUAUUUUUGGGGGGGGGGGAGAUGGAAGAGCACCAUGAGCCCCAGUAGCUGCUUACCUGUGUCUUGCGAGCAGCAGGGGCUGGCGCCAACGGCGGAGGGACGAUGAGCGGCGUGCGAAAGGGCUCCGGAGAGGGGCUGCUUAAAAUGGCAGCCACUCGAGCGCUGCUGCUGCUGGCACCAACAAAGCCCAGCCCCCUUCCUCCUCUAGGCAGGGCGAGGAGAAGCCAGGAGGAGGGAGGGAGGAGGCGCCGCCGCUACUGCUGUGGGAGGGAGAGGGAGGGAGAGGGAAAGAAUGCACGUGCGCUGGUGAUCCACGCGGUGAUUCCCAAACCAUCCACAGGCUGGAUCCAAAGGCAAUUGGGCCUAAUCCGACCCGUGAACCUUAGUUUGCCUACCCAUGGCUUAGAAUGUUAACCUGAGGCUAGGAGGACCAGGGUUCAAAUCCCCAUUAUUUGAAGGAAGGGCCAGUUAGAAAUGUAACACGAUGUAGCCUUCAACUGAGCUUUUUUAAGGGGAGGAAGCAUUUUCAACCAUUUGCAUUAUUUUUCCUUCAUAGCAUUUCCUAUCCUCUCUCCUCCAGUAGGAAGAAACUAUAGUCUAACGACAAAGCAUUUGAACUGCAUGGCUCAGGGACUCUAGUUCAACACUGACAUUUAAGAUUAAUAAUACUAAAGGCUGCAAUUAUAUUUUUAAGAGAUUAAAUACCAGUUUAUUUAGAAGUAGUUUAGCAAGGGUUGGACAUACUGCCAUUAACAAAUGACCUACAGUCAUACCUCGGGUUAAAUUUGCUUCAAGUUGAGUGCGUUUGAGUUGCGCUCUGCGGCAACCCGGAAGUAACGGAGCACGUUACUUCCAGGUUUUGCCGCUUGUGCAUGCGCAGACGCUCAAAACAACAUCACGCGCAUGCACAGAAGCGGCGAAAAGCAACGCGCGCAUGCGCAGACACACCGUCACUAGAUACGUUUACCUCUAGAUGCGAACGGGGCUCCGGAACGGAUCCCGUUCGUAUCUAGAGGUACCGCUGUAUCAGGUCCUUGUUACCAUCAAUGCUCUUAUUAGAAACCAAAAAUAAAUUCAUAGCCAGCUGUGGGUUGAUUGGUUAUUUUGUGAAUUUCGUUGAAGAUAACACUAAUCUAUUUUAACAUUAAUCUUAAUAAAAUCUUAUUUUUUAUUUAAACUAGAAAAAGAUGAGUUACCUAGCUAAAUCUUACUUUUACAUAUAUAUCUUUUUCAAUUUCUUCAAGGAGUUUAAUGUGGCAUUCAUGGUUCUUAGCAUACACACACUCCCCAUUUUAUCCUCAUGACAACCGCAUGAGGCAAGUUAGGCUGAAAGCAGAAAUUGGCCAAGUCACUCAGAGUUGGGACUGGGACCCUGGUCUUGUAGGUACCAAUCCCAUUCUCUAAUCACUACACCAUGCUGGCUCUCUUUUUGUUGGUUUUGCUGGAAAUUACAUAAAUUGCUUUGACAGGGUUUUGGUUUUUUGAACCUCACAAAGACAUGAUGGGUGAUUUUUCCAUCUUAUGUAUGCAUGUACUUUGUGGUUAUCUAUUGUUCACAGACAGAAUUUUAAUAAAUCCCUCCUUUUGUAGACAAUGAUCACAUGCCCCCAGUUAAUGGUAGAUUAUUGCUGCUGUGACAAUCUGAAGCUUUUCUUUUCAUUAUUAUAACUUUCCUGAGUUGUUGCUAAGGUUCCUCACAAUCCUUUCUAAAAUACACAAAUCUUUUGCUGAUUUUCCUUCAGCAGGGUAGUGUCACAGCUGCAAUUGGUGACUGUAAUUAAAAAGACUAUCUUUGAGGGAUUCGGAAAUCUGUGUGACUAAUAUCAGAUAAUGAAAUUAGCAGUUCAUGUUAAUAAAUGGGAUUAGUAAUUUACGCAGAUUCUUGCCUCAAUUACAAGACAGUUUUCUUGCUGUUGUGGUCAGAGAGAACUUUCCAUCACUUUUUAUUACCAUUUCAUUCUCCAUCCCUUCAAGCUGUGUGAAAUGUUACACAAAGAUUAGGCGAUCACACACACACUCGGCUUAGUUUAAAGAAUUUGGGAUUUAUUUGGUGCUGAAUGUCAGGGUGGACUUGCCAGUAUUAUGGCUGGGCAAUGUUGAGUUUUCAACAUCACGGUGUAUUGCAGCCAAACAUCGCGGUAAAAAACUGCAUUGGCCCCAGCCAACAAGGUGCUGGGUGAAACUGCCGUAGCUCUCAUCAUUGGGAGCUGAGGCGCUUUCCCCUGCACGCCUUGGGGGCUGUGGCCGAUACAGCUGGCCCAGCCUGCUGCUCAGCUGGGGGAGCCCCGAGUCCUCCACCCCUUGCACUCACCCGGCAGAGGACUUGGGGCUCCUUGGCCAGGCUUUGCUGGGGGCAGGGGAGCCAGCUAUGAGUCCUCCACCCCACCCCCGCUCCACUCACACACGGCUGGCAGGAACCCGGGGCUCCUUGGCCCAGGCACUGGAGGCAGAGGGAGGGGCUCAAGAGCUGUGACCAGCGAUAGACCACUGAGUGAAGCUGUCGUUGCAGUCUCCCCCUCCCCAUACUGGUCCUGGGUGAUAUAUUGAUAAUAUCGCCCAGUGCUAGUCAGUCUAUCCCCCUUCUUUAUUAUAAUUCCCUUGAUAUGAAUUAAAAUCCUCAGUCUUGGGGAGAGAAAAGGCAGAAACCUCACUUAGUAUUUUCUUUUUGUGCCCUCCUCCCACUCCCUUCAGAAUCAUAGAGCUGAUCCUGAGGAACUCUUCACAAAACUGGAACGUAUUGGAAAAGGCUCAUUUGGAGAAGUCUUCAAAGGAAUUGAUAAUCGGACACAACAAGUGGUUGCUAUAAAAAUCAUAGACCUGGAGGAGGCAGAAGAUGAAAUAGAAGACAUCCAGCAAGAGAUAACUGUGCUAAGCCAGUGUGACAGCCCUUACGUAACAAAGUACUAUGGCUCCUAUCUAAAGGUAAUUCUUAUGGUUGCUCCAUGUCUAUUGGAAAAAUGCAAUUCUUUUCUUUGAAAACAGCAAGAUUAAUGUUGUGAGAUGCAGACCCAUGGAAUGCUAUCAGAUUUUUUUAAAAAAAUUAGGUACCACAUUUUGUGGGUGAAGGAUAGAGUUUGAGUUCGGUCUGUUCGUUUUGUGGUUCUGAAGUUUGCAUUCCAAGGUCUUGGUGUGGUCAAAAAUUGUAAAGACAUUUCAACUCACACCUUCCAGUUGUUUGUCUGGCCAGUUGUCUUCUUUAGUUGUGCUUUUAUUGAUUUUAAAAUACAUUUAAAGCUUGGAUUAAAAACCCAAAACAAACUAGCAAUACUCUCUAUUGAUGGACUUUGAAACCAAAUCAUUUCACUCCCCUUGUUGGCAUCUAUCUGUCUCUGGAGACAAUGGAGGAAUGCACCUUCGGGGAUAAAGUCAAAGAGUUGGAGAUUUACAGCAGUUUUAUUGCAGGUGGGGCGGAGGAAGAAGUCUGGUUUUGCUGCUACAGGUGCACCAUCUCUUUUCUUCUCUCUGUGCUCCUCCCAGUGGCACUCCUCUUGUACCCUCAGUAAUCCACAAGUUUUCAAAAAUUCCCAUUGUUUGCCAAGGUGUUGCUCUCCAUGAAGACGCUGUGCAUGGAGCAACAGAUAUGGGAAGGGAUAGAGCGGACUGUGAGAAGAUGAAGAGUUUCCCAAAGGGGUGAUGUGGAAUUCGAGAAUAUUAAGACAAAGAAGUGGGGUGGAAAGCUACCUGUCUGGUGUCUUUCUUUUUUUAAAAAAGUUUUUUAAUGCUUUGUUCUCUCCUAUCAAAUCCAUUCCCUCUUCCCCUCAGUUAUUUUCAUACAUACAGUGGUACCUCGCAAGACGAAUGCCUCGCAAGACGAAAAACACGCAAGACGAAAGAGUUUUCCGUUUUUUGAGUCGUUCCGCAAGAUGAAUUUCCCUAUGGGCUUGCUUCGCAAGACGAAACGUCUUGCGAGUUCUUGCGAGUUUGUUUCCUUUUUCUUAAAGCCGCUAAGCCGUUAAUAGCUGCUAAGCCGCUAAUAGCCGUGCUUCGCAAGACGAAAAAACCGCAAGACGAAGAGACUCGCGGAACGGAUUAAUUUCGUCUUGCGAGGCACCACUGUACUUGUUUGAGCCUGAGAUGUUUAUCUUUCUGUGUAACAGUUACCACUCUCUCAACCCCUUUCAACACAUACACAGAUUUCUCUCUCUCUCUCUCUCUCUCUCUCUCUCUCUCUCUCUUCACACACACACACACACACACACACACACACACACACAAACACACACACCACUUCUCCUUAUACAGCAGAAGCAAGCAUCCUAAAUCAUUUUAUUUCUUUUAUGUAAGGAAGCAAACUGUAUUUUAAUUCUUUACCCUAUUGCUGUGUGACUUCAGGAGUCUGCUCCUUUUUAUUUCAUUUAUUCUCUAAAAUAGCUACAUCUCACUUUAAAGAAGACUGCUAAGAAAGAUAAAGUUGAGGUAAAAGACUAUUAAAAUAAAUUGGUAUACAUUAAGCUAGUAAGACACAGCACCACUGCUAGAACAGCACAUUCAGAAUCACACUCAGUAGUAAUCCAGUAGGCCCUCCCUAAAGGUUUUACAGAAGAACCGCAUUCUCCCUGCUUGGCAGAAAGUGGGACUUUUCUGUGGAGAUGUCUGGUGGUUGUUCUACUGCCUAAGCUAGAAGAGAAGAAGCCAUUUCAUCCUCAAGGGAGAACUGGAUCAUUGGCAUGCCAGCAAAAAUGUCCUCAUUAACACACUGCACUUGGGUGUGCGUGCCUGUGGGAAGAGGGUAAUCUGUUCUGCCUUCCCUGGUCCUGCCCCCAGUUAGGAUCAGACAUUUCAACUAAUGCAACAAAUUGCAUUUCCUCAAUGGCCGUAUUUUUAAAAUAGCAAACCAUGUUUCCAUACUAAAAAAAAUAAAAUGUAAAACUGUUAUGAAAAAUCAGUCAGUGACUUUAGGGAGCUUAUGACUGGUAUUCUGUGUGGUUUCACAAGUACUUAUAACAUGCAGAAAAGUCAAACAUACGAUAUUGAACAGAAACAUCACAGCACAAUCUUACCACAAAGUGCCAAGGUUCUACAGACCAGGACACUUUGGCAGGAAUUACAAUGGAAAUAUUUUUUUAACCCUAAUGUCAGAUGACCCAACUUCAAAAGAAAUAAUUGGGACCACGUUCUUAAAUGUGUUUCUGAUUCCUUUAGAUCUUUGCAGCCUGUCUUGAAGUCCAGUGAGGUUGCAAGCAAAGAUACCUGCUGAAAGUGGCAAGUCUUGCUUUGGGCAGAGAUCAACUGCACUUCAGAGUUCCCAGUUGGGAACUGUGUAGCACAGCAGAUCUCAGCAGGGUUUGCUGUAAGCGCCAGCCACCUAAUUGGUGCUUAUAGCAAGCCCCUUCAAGGGCAGAUCUUUCACACUGCCAACCUCAAUUCAAGUUGGUGAUUUAAAGGAGGAAUUGAGCACAUUUAGUAUGUGCUCAUUUUUCAAUUUAGCCAUGACUUGGAAUGUUUCUGCACCUGACAUUAGGCAUUAGGUGUGAGGAAAGUGGCCAUGGUUUGUGCAAAACUGCCUGGCAGGCUAAACUCUCAGACUUGAUGGACCUAAUUAGGUCCCUGGGCUGGAGAUUCCAUGUCCCUGCUCUAACACGUCAUAAUUUUAACCUAAAAAUCAUUCAAAAUUCAAUAAUUAGGCGCUGUCCUCUGCUCUGUAUACAGGCUAUACUUUCUUGUCCUAUAGUAACUUCCAAGGAGUGUUCUUGGAUGCCUAGGUGAAAACUAUACACAUUCAGCUACAGUUUAUAGUAGAGACUUCAUUGAGGCAUUCCUGGAAAAACAGUACUUACUUUGGCUCUGCAAGCAGAUUGCCCUCAAACCAUCCAAAGGUAUCUGUGUGGCCCACACAGUGUUAGCCUGAGAAUGAGUUCUCAUUGCAGGUUUUUCUUCCUAGCACAGUUGGGCUUUGUGAAAAGUGCUAAAAGUAGCAAAUGCCUUCCCUCUUAAUUCUGACCAUUGGAACAAGCCUUCAUAGUAUAAAUACAGUCUCUAAUCCUUCAUGAUUCUCAGCAAACUGUGCUCUAUUCAGUGCUGGACAUGGAGUAUGGCUGCCCUGCCCCUUUAUUUGCUUGUUCAAUUACAUCCGUAUUUCGUGUGCAUUCAGAAAAUUGAACUGGGCUAAAAUUCAGCCUUAGAUGGAAAUAAAUUGCUGACAAAUCUUUUGUCUGACGUUCUUGUGGAGAGGCUAUUGCCUCUUAUCAGUUAAUUUCCUUCAUUUGAAGCCCUUAACUAUGCUGAUAGCUCUGAGUAUCUGUAACUAAUAAUUGAAAUGUUUGAUUAAGACCAGUUAUAUUUGUUCUAAAAUCUAUAUUCUGCCUGUGUAUGAAGGAGAUGAUCAAAUGUUGAUUUAGUAGCAUGUGUUAUCAUUGUUUUUUAUUUUGCUAAUAGCUGCCCCCUUUUUUUUUUUGGUAAAUAUCACAUGGCUAUGUUGGUAAUACUGUUUAUGUAAUUCAUGUCAUGAGCAGAAUUAAUAUGACAAUUUGUUUAUGGUCUUUAUUAUUAAAAAUAGACCUCAAAUAAUACUUUAAAAAUCAGACCAGGAUUAUUCGUUUUCUCUCCCUCCCUCCCUCUCUGUCUCUCUUCUCUCUCCACGUGCACAUAGGCACACAUACACACAUAGGCACACAUAGGCACAAAAAAGUGUUUUUGAGGGUUGUGUGUAUAUAUAUUUUGCUCUUGAAAUGCCAGUUAAUAAAAUAGUCUCAACAAUUCCAAUUGUAAACCCACUUAUUAGAAGGUAAAUCCAAGUGAGCUCAGUGGAACUUGUUAAUGACUAUACUGUUAGGAUCCUUUAUAAGUGGAAUGCAGUUCACCUGUUUUCCAUGUAGCAUUUUCCAGAUUCAUUACAACAGCCAAAUAUAUAAUAUUGAUGCCAGAGAACGAAACAGUUCAAAAUAAGUGGAGGAAGUCUUCUGUUAAAAAGAAGAAGCAUAAUUUCACAUUAUAGCAUUUUCACCUGGAAAUGGUUAACUGACAGUCUCAUAGCUGUAUAAAUAGCCCAUUUGGUUCAGAUGCAAAUAUCUUGAGUGGUAAAACUUUGUCAUCGGAGCAGUAUUUGAAGAGAUUAAAAUACCUUUCUUCAGGAUUAGUUAGUAUUCACAGUUCAUCAUGCAAGCUUUUCAGAUGCACUUUUUUCUCUCAGGAUGGAUGAUCAGGUGGUACAAAGGGAAAAUGGAAUAGUGGCUCUAACUCUGUUUUUAUUGAUAGAUGUUCCACUCUUAUGCUAAGAUUAUCAUUGUACAGUCAUACCUUGACUCCCGAACGCCGCAAACCCGGAAGUGAUUGUUCUGGUUUGCGAACGUUCUUUUGGAACCCAAACAUCCAACGGGGCUUCCGCAGCUUCUGAUUAGCUGCAGGAGCUUCCUGCAGCCAACCAGAAGCUUCGAUUUGGUUUCUGAACGUUUUGGAAGUUGAACAGACUUCCAGAACGGAUUCCGUUCGACUUCCAAGGUACGGCUGUAUAGUAUAACUAUAAAACCAAAUGAAAUAAAGGAGACCCACAACUUACAUGGGGGUUUCAGGGAUAGUGCAUAAAGCCAAAAUCAUAUUUAGUCAAAACACAUUGGGUGCAAUGCCUGGUAUGGCCACUGAAGUUUUUUCGCCCAGAUGCCCACCCUCUUUCUGCUCCCCCUUUUUACAUUUUUAAAAGCUGAACGUGCACAAGUUAAAUGUGCGUAUAUUUGCGGUCUGUUGUGUUAUAAAAGUAGAAAAAUAACUAACAGCCAAUUUGUAAAAGCAAUUACAGAUAAAAUAUAAUAAAGCCAACAAUUAAAAGACGAAACAAAAAUUAGGUGUGUGGUUUUUUGUUUUGUUUUGUUUUGUCAUACCCUAAAUCGUAAACCAGCACCUUCAACAAAACCCAGAAGCAAAUAGGAAGCCAGUUGACCUGACAGAAUAGUGAGCACGAAACAAAAAUCUGGCUACCAUAUUUUGGAUCACAGAGAGUGCAUUACAAUAAUCCAUAAUGAAAGUAAACAAAACUUAGAUGACUAGGGCAGGUUCCACCUUCUGUGGCAAAGGCUACAGUAGAUCUAUCGGCCAAAGGAUGCCACCAUUCUGAGCAUUGGAGGAAUGCAGUGGGAUCAAGAAUAACAUCCAGUAUUUCCAAAGAGUGCUUCUUUGCCUUGUAAUAUGAUCUCAAGUCAGAGAGAGCAUUGCUUCAACAAAGUUCUAGCCUAAUUAAACCAGCAACAGCUUCAUCCCUUGUCACCACGCUGGGCAUUGCAUUUCUAAAAUAAUCUGCAAACAAGGGCUUACUGCCAUGUCCUUACUCAAACAUAGAUACUGUUUAAAACAAAAAACCUUAUUUUAACAACAGUUAUUGGUUCAGUAAUCUUAACUCUAUUUUUACAAAGGUCCUGCAUUAGCAAAAUAUGAAGAGCCAUUGAAUCAGAAUAUUCUACUAUCUGCAUAUAGCACCUUCCUUUAGGUACUGUGUGGACUGCCACGCUGUGGUCUUUAUAACUGAUCCUUCUACCCAACAGUUCAUUGAAAUGAUGAAGUGAGCUGAUCUACUAAUCUCUUUUGAAAAGCCUAACACUUUAUCUGCAUUCAUUUUUAGGGCACAAAGCUAUGGAUAAUCAUGGAAUACUUAGGUGGGGGAUCAGCACUGGAUCUGGUAAGUGUCUUCUAAUGGUUUGUGCCUUGUUCAUUUUCUAGUUAGCUUCUGCAUUCUUACUUAUUACUAAAAUUUGUAUGCUACUUUUCCAUGUAAAAAUGCUCAAAAGUAGCUCAUUUCAAAGCAACAAGAAUGCAACUCAGUACAUCAUUACAAUAACAAUCAAAUAUGGGUAAAGCAAUUCAAAGUACAGUGGUACCUCGGGUUAAGUACUUAAUUCGUUUCAGAGGUCCGUUCUUAACCUGAAACUGUUCUUAACCUGAAGCACCACUUUAGCUAAUGGGGCCUACCGCUGCCGCCGCACCGCUGGAGCACGAUUUCUGUUCUCAUCCUGAAGCAAAGUUCUUAACCCGAGGUACUAUUUCUGGGUUAGCAGAGUCUGUAACCUGAAGCAUAUGUAACCCAAGGUACCACUGUAUAACAGCAAUCCAGUGAUCUAGUAAUAACAUUCUUAAUAUUCAGAGUGUGACUUCUUUCUUUUUAUAAUUUAUGAGUUGAUAGUUUUUGAAGUUUUUUCAGUGAACAUACUUCCUUUUUCAAGAAGUUUAAAUAUCCAUGUCAAGGAAUAGGUUUCAAGUGUAAUUUAUGACAGAAGUCAUCAUUAAAUUUAAUUCACAGUUCUGAAAUCUCAACACUGAAGCCAGAUCAUCUCCUUAAUAUGCUAAUGUUCAGAGCAUUAUGUAACUUUUCUGUAGAUCAUUCCCUCCUCCAAGAAGGGGACAUGUCAUUUUGUAACUGCUUUGUGUAAAUUGCCAGUUGCACUUAUAGUAGUCGUCGUCAUUGUUGUUGUUGUAGUAGUAGUAGUAGUAAUAGUAAUAGGACUCUUGUCAGUUAGGCAAUGGUUCCUUCUACUUGCAGUUGGUGUACUGAAGCUCAGAGGAUUUUGACUGAAGCUACCAAAUGACUCAGUGUCUGGGCAUGGCCUGGGAUUCCCUGAUCCAACUCAAACAUUUUUUUUCUGUGGAGAGAAGCUGGCUGUCUUGUGGCACAAUGCUCCUCUUGGUGCAAUGACUACAGUGUUCCUUUAUGUCUAGUUGUAGAUGAGUUUGAGUUCAGGUUGUCUACCUUGUGUCUUAAAAAACAAUAUAUUACCAAAAAGUGUACCACACCUUCUACUUUUCAGUAUGAGGAAGAUUUGUUGCUGUCAAAACACAAGUUUCAUUAAUAAACUGAAAGGUGAGAUGUUUUACCAGUUUUGAAUACACAGAAAUGUUUUUCUUGGAAGCAGAUUCCAGGAGUGUGCUAUGGAAGCAAAAGCAUGGUUAAUAUUCAAUGUUGAAACUGACCUGGUUUUUCCAUUUUUGGCAGUUUAAAUUUAAGCCAUGAAAGGGCCCUUUACUUAUGACAAACACAGUGUUCACGACGGAUGCAGCCUAGGAGGGACUAAAAAAGCAAAGCGCUUUGGGUGGUGAUGUGUGGUUUUCCCCUAUCCCCCAGUCCAGCUCCACCACAGCCCUAUAUAAGAGACCCACCCUUUUCCUGUAAGAUAAUGCUGCUCAGUGUUUAUGCUUAUGAGAUCCUGAAAUAUUAUUAACAUUGAGCAACAUGACAUUUUUGCAAGCUCUGUACAAACUGUGCCUUAAUCCCACUAGAAUUUCAACAGCAUAGAAUUACAAGUGGUCUCUGCACAUAAGUAGCACUCAGUUCAACCCUAACAGCCACCUUCUGAUUUUCUCAGCUGGAAUUUGGAAAGGUAAGAAAAGCCUUGCUGUUCGCUGAGUUUUGGGGCAGUUGUCCACUAGGGACAAUGGAACAGAUUUUUGAGGGCUAUGGUUCAUAUACACACAAAUCCAUGUAUGUUGAUUGCUAUAGCUCUAAACACUGACUAAAGCAUGACAUGGUAAAUGGCCCACAAUUCAGAUCACUUCACCUCAAACAGCACAUUACAACCUGAUGAAGGGCAGAAUGGAAAUGGAAACAAACAGUAAACAGAAUUUGACUUGUGUUCAGCUGCAGAUCCUCAAGUGAUGUGUUAGAGAGUGAUAAUAGUGCAAAUCAGCCCUAGUUUGUGGCUCACAGUCUUAUGAACCUCUUACCUAAAUCCUCACAGCUGUUGUACUGUACAGUAUAUUACUGCCAAUGGAGGCAGUUGCCCAUACAUAGUGUAGUUUAAUAGUGAGCCCUGGUCUCCUUUGCAGGAAGGUGUUGGGAUAUAAAUCUAAUAAAUUAAAUUAUUACUAUUCUGUGAGGUGGGAUGUAUUUUUUGGGAAGGUAAUACCAUGGUUCUGUGUUCUUGCCAUCUUCUCUAAAAGGCUAUAUUAGUCAAAGCUUCUCAGGAAAGUAAAACCUUCCUAAAGUUUGCCUGACAAUGUUUUCAAGUUACUUGUGUUACUCUUCCAAGUUUAUGAAUUUAUACAGUGUCUGUUGUGGAACAUUCGUGUUUGAACCUUUUCCUGCAAAUCUUUAAAAAAAGAAAAAUGACAUUUCAAAUAACUGUUAACAAACAGUGGAUGCCAGGGUUUAUGCUUUAUUUGAAUUAUGCUUUGUUUCCUUCCCAAAGCUCCGUGCUGGCCCAUUCGAUGAGUUCCAGAUUGCUACGAUGCUCAAGGAAAUACUGAAAGGGCUUGACUAUCUACAUUCAGAGAAGAAAAUUCACAGAGAUAUAAAGGGUGUGUAUAAAUUUAAAUAAAUGCAGAGCCCAUAUCCCUUCAAGCAAUAGUUCUUUCUGCUUUUUAAUUAGUUUUUUCUGCUUUCUCCUCCUCUCAAGCUGCCAACGUGUUAUUGUCAGAGCAAGGAGAUGUGAAACUUGCGGAUUUUGGAGUUGCAGGGCAACUGACUGAUACACAGAUUAAAAGGAACACCUUUGUAGGCACGCCAUUUUGGAUGGCACCAGAAGUGAUUCAGCAAUCAGCCUAUGAUUCAAAAGUGAGUUCUUUGAAAUUGGUUUGUGCUUAGAAGUGAUGUGUUAAUUUUGUGCAAGACAUUUGGAGAUUUUCAGAACCGCAGUCUUGCCACAGAAUGUAUGGUAUGCCUCCAAAUGCGUAAUUCUUAUAGCUAUAGGACAGCUUGAGAAUGUGUAUUAAAGAUCAAAGAGCAAGUUUCUAGCACUAGUGAUUAUAGCCCAGAACUGUGUGGACUGUACAAACCAGGAGGGGCCUUCAUGAGCUUCCAAGCACUAAAGGAGCAUUAAUACUUAUUUCCACUGACUUUUGUCCUCCUGUGUUCAUUGAGCUUCAGUCGUCUCCUGACUAUGCUCAGAACUCUACUAAGCUCUCCUCCGAAAGCCUAAGCAAAUCUGUUACCAGAAGGAUGGUAUGUACUAAGGGUUCUCAGGCUGCAGAGCAACAAGACACUCCUCUUCUUUCACUGCAACUUCCUGAGUUUUCUGGGCUUCCUGUUAAGCUCUUUUCAACGCAGCACAAUCACACCCAACUGUUCUUUCCCCUCCCUCCUGAGUGAGCACUUCCACAACUUGUCGUCAGCUUGACCCACAAAGGAUAUUGAAAGCUGAACAAUUAGCACUUGCUCUUGAAGGAAUAUACUUGCUCCAUGCAGAUAGACAUUUAUUCAGUGUUGCUGUGUUAUAUCUUUGGAGCACAAGGAUCCUAUUUGUGUGUGCAUGUGUGUUUUGCAUCAGUUCAGUUUUAAAGCCUAUGAUUGGGGAAACAAAGUUUCUGCUACCAGUUUACUGUUCAAGAUAGCUAGUGCUGUACAAAUAUGAUACUAUUAUCUUUCCUCUUUCCCUGCAGGCUGACAUUUGGUCAUUGGGAAUCACAGCUAUUGAACUGGCCAAAGGAGAGCCUCCGAACUCAGACAUGCAUCCAAUGAGAGUUCUCUUUCUCAUUCCCAAAAACAACCCUCCAACCCUAAUAGGGGACUUCAGCAAACCCUUUAAAGAAUUUAUUGAUGCAUGUCUGAAUAAGGACCCGACAUUUGUAAGUGUUAACAUUUCACUUCUUCAACAUUAGGAAACUUUGGUGCUUGCAGUAUUGUUUGUUAUGCAAAAGAAAAGGCAGAGAAAAGUGCUGCAGGCUUUUUUUAAAAAAAUGUUGUUUAAACUUUUCAGCAUACAGUACAAUGAAAAACUAAUCUAAAUAAAAAUAAAAAAACAACAACUAAGGAAAAGGGGAGAGGUAACAAAGCCCUCUAUCUGAGGUUGAUCUUAACCCUUGUCUCACACAAAAGGGGGGGGGGGUGGGCCCUCUCAGCUCUCACCUGGGAGCUUUCUUUUCUUCUCCCAGAUUCCUACCCUGGGAGAUCUUACCUUGCCUUGCUUGCCUCUCAUACAGGGUCUUUCACUUUCCAUCCAUCACCUCCCUAUGUGUACCCUCACUAACCUAGAGUAAAGGUAAAGGACCGCUGACAGUUAAGUCCAAUCGCAAAUGACUCUGGGGUUGCGGCACUCAUCUUGCUUUACUGGCCGUGGGAGCCAACGUUUGUCCACAGACCGUUUUUGUGGGUCAUGUGGCCAGCAUGACUAAGCUGCUUCUCGCAAAACCAGAGCAGUGCAUGGAAACUCUGUUUGCCUUCCCGCCACAGUGGUACCUAUUUAUCUGCUUGCACUGUGUGCUUUCGAACUGCUAGGUUGGUAGGAGCUGGGACCAAGCAACAGGAGCUCACCCUGUCACGGGGAUUCGAACCGCCGACCUUCUGAUCGGCAGGCCCUAGGCUCAGUGGCUUAGACCACAGCGCCACCCGCAUCCCCUAACCUAGAGUAGAGGACAUCAAAAACCAAAACAUAGCACAACAUAAGCAAGAGUAAAAUAGAUAGAAGAAGGAAGAAAAAGAGAAAACACUGGAAAUAAAUAUAAAAAAAUAGAGAGAAAUAAAUAAAGAGGACUUCAGAUUCUUCGUCUGUCAAUUAUGUAUAUAAAAAGAGUUCAAAAUUUUCAAAGUGUUCAGGAUGGUAUCCAGCUGUAUUCCAGGGUAAUACCCAGCUGUUCUUCAACCUGCUUAUUGACGUUUUCCCAAUCUUCAACCCCAGGCAUCUCAAGUUUAUUCAUUUUCCUUUUCAUGCAAAAAGUCCAAAAGUGGCUCUACGGUUAUUAUCACUAAAUGUCAAGAAUAGUCUUCCUCCAGUCUGGCAUGACAGCUUUUAUCUCCAAGAAAUUCCAAUAUCUAUUAUUAGAAUAAUAACCCAUAGUUAUUUAUUUAAUGUAUAUUCAUUAAUAUACAGCCAGUUCCAUAUUCAUCCAGUUCCAGAUCUUCUGAUCCCAUUUCCUGUUGGCCAUGAUUUCCUGUCCUAAAUUAGGAAAAGAAAAAAAAAGUUCCUUCCAUUUCUGUUUCUUCCAUUCUUUUUUAAGAAGAAUCACCAGAGGCUUAAUGGCUUUUUCCUCUGAAUUCACUCCAACUUGUACACAGGAUCCUUUCUCUUUCGGCUCCAUCUUUGCCAUCUCAAGAUGUUUCUUGAUAUUGCUUAUCAAUGGUUUCAUUCCACUUCUCCAGCAUCACAACUCCAUUGUUUGUCUGUUUCAGUCCUUCAGACACCUAUGUGGAAGUUCUUUCAUUUCAUCAUCUGCUGCUUCCCACUUUACCAUUCCACUCUCACGUUCAGGCAGAUCUUUAUCAGUAUCCCCCUCUCCCCUAAGGUCCUGUGUAUUCUUUGGUCUGAUCGUUCUCUCCUUUUUCGUUCAAGAUUUUAUGCAUCUCAGUUCUAAGGUCUUUCAGUUGCUCAUCCAAUAAUUGCUGCAUGAUACAACAGUCAUUGCAGGGGUUCAACAGUCUCUUUGCCACAUUUGGUUCAGUUAGUCUUCAUGUUAAGUCUCUGCCUUGAAAACUUGUGUCUGUCUCUUUAAGAAGUGCAUUCCUUUCGCACUCACAGGAAUGUAGUUUCACUUCUGAAGCCAGCACUUCACAAAAAGGACUGAGAGUAAAAAGUAAUAUAAAUUGAAGAUGCUUAACAAGCAGAGCAUUCUGAUCCGUUUAUAAUCUUUCUUAAUCACAAAUAAUUAAGAUACUUUUUGUUUUGUUUUCAGCAUGUUAGCUAAUGCCUCUUAUCUCACACUCAGUUCAUGUUCUUGGUGAAAAUUAAUUGGCAGACAGAUCACUUCAGUCAUAAUUGAUCCCAAUCUUAAAAGUAAUUAAAAGAAGGGAGGUUUAGCUGACCUGUUGUCCUAAGGGCUAACAUUCAGGGCUAUUAUGUGGUGUCUGGACACAAUAGCAGUUCCUCACUCAAAGAUGUAUCCUGCAUCCAAAAACUUUUCUGGUCUCUGGUGUGAAGAACACCUUUCUUCAGAGCAUUUGAGGUUAAUCCCUUGAUCUCCCUGUAUUCAAAGAGAGAGUGUAAUAAUGAAGAUUUACAUCUUGGCUAUUGUUAAUCGCUGCAUAAUUAUCUCUGUUGAGGGACUGUCAGCAAUUGAGGACUAGCCAGCCAUCUUCCCUCCUGGAAGUCUCCAGAUUUCUCAAACUUUUUAAGGUCGGCAUUAAUCUACUUGAGGAGGCAGCGUACAGAGUAUGCACAAAACACAAUAGAAUAGAGAAAAUCCAUGCAUCAGAUCAGCUGGGUGUUUUUUGGGGGGUGGAGCUGCAGGGGCAAAUUGGAUGCUUGUUGGAUGCUCUGUUCAGUUAAGGAAUGAAAACCCUGGAAGGGAACAGAAGGUCAUCCAAGCUUAAACCCUUCCAGUCUGCACAUCAGUUUCCUUCAGAGGAAUCUAUUCCCAAAAGACUUCUGUAAUAAAGGCACCACAGUGGUUUGUGUUAUAAUCCUGUUUCCUGCUCUGGCUUUAAUGCAUACAGUUGCUGCAGAGAACUUGAGCGUUCUCAUUGGUCUAAUGCUUGUUGGCAUAAAAGUAAGGAAAAGUUUUGGAUUACUCGGAGCUCUUGGAGAGGCAGAGUGGAAAGAAACCUAAUUUUCAGACAUAAAGAGAAUGGAGUUGUUUGGACAAAUAGUGCACUGCCAUCCAAUUACAAAAUGCUUGGUAGUAGAUGUAAUCUGAUCUAAUGAGCCAACUUGCACUAUAGCUAUUGUAAUUUUUAAUUUAUUUUCGCAAAUAUCUGCAUCUUGCCCUUCCACUAGAAUCAUAGAAUCAUAGAGUUGGAAGAGACCACAAGGGCCAUCGAGUCCAACCCCCUGCCAAGCAGGAAACACCAUCAGAGCACUCCAGACAUAUGGUUGUCAAGCCUCUGCUUAAAGACCUCCAAAGAAGGAGACUCCACUACAUUUGCAAUGUUCAGCAGCUUACAAAAGUUGGGGGGAAAACACUAAAAUCUAACAGAUUGAUGAACAUGGGAAGCCAGACCAUUGCUCUAUCUUGUCAGUACUGGUUGGUAGCGGCUCUCCAGGGUUUCAGGCAGGGAAUCUUUCCCAUCUCUACCUGGAGAUGCCAGGGAUCAAAUUUGAGAUCUUCUGCAUGCUAGCAGAUCCACUGUCACAGAGCUACUGUCUGUCCCCUGAGAUUAAACCAAUCUAAAUAAUAAGUAUGGCAACCACAAAGGAAUCCUUAGCACAGCAGAUCAAUCGCUAUAGGGAAGGCCCCUUCCCAUGUUCCAAUCAGUCACGCCUCAGUCACAGUUGAGACCCAAAGAAAAUCCUCAGCAGUGUAUCUUAAGGAGCGGGCAGGCUGGUAAGGGAGGCCUUUAUAGAUAAUUGUCAACAUUUUGCAUUCUGCUUGCAAACAAUUUACCACUUCAUGUCUUUUACAGCGUCCCACAGCGAAAGAACUUCUAAAGCACAAAUUCAUUCUGAAAAAUGCCAAGAAGACUUCAUAUCUGACGGAGCUUAUUGAUAGAUUUAAGAGGUGGAAAGCAGAAGGACAUAGUAGCGAUGAAACAGAUUCUGAUGGUUCUGAUUCGUAAGUCUGGAUUUUUGAUUAUUUGCCAGGAAUUGGGGAGUGGGCAGGGGAGCUGUCCCAGUGGCAGGAGUUGAGGGGGUAGAGUUCAGCUCCUGUAUUAUCAUUAUUUUUAUACUGCUUUCUGUUUUUAAGAAAAAAUAUCAAAACAUCAAAUAAAACAAUCCAGAACAAAACAUUACUGAAUAAAGUUAAAUAUGAAGUAUACAUUCAAAGCAACAUAAUUAACAGGAAACUAAAAUGUUAUCUUAAAGAUCUCAAAUUAAAACAUUACAAAGGGGGUAAACUACAGAAUGCACAAUUAAUGCAGCAAAGUUAACCAAAACAAUCUUAAACAUUUCAAAAGAAAAUAUUACUUAGGGAAGUCAAAUAUAAAAUGCACAUUUAAAUAGCAUAAUUAACAAGAUAAAAUAUUAUCAUAUCUGCUGCUGUUGCUGCUAGUCCUGUCAAUGGUGGUUCAUGGUGGGCAGCAGCUGUGGAAGAUCAGGCUCAAUUACCUAGGUCUUCACCUAGAAACAACCAAGGUGGCCUCUUCAGCAACCUCAGCUUUUGUAGCCGGAGUCAGUCAGGGCCCCGCCUUCCCAGGCCAGGUGGAAGAAAGGGCUGCAAGGCAGGGAGCUGGUCUUCCAGGACUCACCGCCAAGAUGGUCUGCUGUUGGAACUACCACUUCAGACUACUAUUCCAGGGGUCUACAAUAUUUGGCUAAACUUGCUAGCCAAACUAACAUUUAUGUUCACCAGGUUCCUCCCCUCAGCUAGUUUAAUAGAGGCAUAUUUCUCCAGCCAACAGCAAAGGAAGUGCACGUAUGCACACAAACACUUUUCCAGUGAGAAAAAGACAAGUAGACUCAAGGUUUCAGUUAGUGCUCUGCAGAGAAGCCCUUGUGCCGAGGAAUGGCUGGAGAGCCAACCCUGCCCACAUGCACACCUGAGAAGCAGAGAGAAGGCAAGUUUCAGUGGUAUGCCUUUGGCUCUUUUGCCAAGCAGCAUCCCCUUACCCCCAUGAAACAGACAGAGGAAGCAUGCGUGGCUUGGAGCAGCAGCAAGCAUGCAGUCCUUGGUGAACACUCUUUUGCAUCAUGUUAUUCAGCUACUGCUUGGCAAACAAGGUCUGAACCUCACAACCAAGCAGUGGUUGAACACACUCCUCCCUCCCCUCCAUCUGUCUUGUGGGAAGUUGAGACAGGGAGCAUGGCACAUGGCAUAAGGACACUGAACCUCUCUGCUGAGUAACAACUGGUGCAGCUCCUCCUAUCUCCUUUUCCUGGAGGGAAGAGAGGAAAGAUGAAAUGACAGCUUUAGCCACAGCUUGGCAGUAAGACUCCAAAGAAGCGGUGGGAAAUAAACCUCUGCCACCCUUUCUGGCUUCAAAGUAGGAAAAGUCAGAGGGCUCACUAGCUUGGUCUUCAAGGUUGAGGCACUCCAGGCAUGUCGGCCAUACAGCUGCAUCAAUACCCCUGCCCACCUCUGCAACUUGGAAGUUGGAAGGAGAGCCAUGCUGCAUGGAUAGUUGUUAAAGCCAGGCACAAACAAGUGGCCGUCUUGGAAGCAUCCGUUUGCAACCUUCUGAAUUCUUCUGCCUCUAUCCUCAGAAAGUCAGGAGACCCUUUCCAGCAGCACCUAACCCAGGGGUCAGCAAAAGUUUUCUGCAGGGGGCCGGUCCACUGUCCCUCAGACCUUGUGGGGGGCUGGACUAUUUUUGGGGGGGGGGGGAAUACACCCCCACGACUCUCCCCUCCCUUCUCCACAGCACCAGAUGAGCCCUGGUGGCUGCUUACCUGUGCUUUGCAAGUGGCAGGGGCUGGCGGCAGCGGCGGGAUGAGUGGCGUGAAAGGGCUGGCUCUGGAGAGGGGCUGCUCUGCUUUAAACAGCGCUCAGCACCUAGCUCCUGUGCCUUGCGAGCGGCAGGGGUUGGCGGCAGUGGCGAAGGAACUAUGAGUGGCUCGAAAGGGCUGGCUCCAGAGAGGGGCUGCUUAAAAUGGCCCUCAGCUAACCACGGCUCAACAAAGCCCAGCCCCCUUCCUCCUCUAGGCAGGGUGGGGAGAAGCCAGGAGGAGGUAGGGAGGAAGCGCUGUCAUGGUGUGUGGGGGGGGGGGGAAUGGUGCAGCCCAAACGAUCAGAAUCCCUACGCCGAUCCACGUGGCAAUUCCCGGACCAUCCGCAGGCUGGAUCUAGAAGACAAUUGGGCCGGGACCGGUCCCCGGGCCUUAGUUUGUUGACCCAUGACCUAACCAGUUGCAAGUGAUUUAUUUUUACUUUGGUCAAAAGCUACUUUGUGAACAGCAAAUGAUAACAGCAGACAUACACACACAGUAGAUCCUCUUACUUCAUUUUUAAUUGCCAUUUGUUUUCAUAAAUGAAGUAAAUUUAAAUUGAGAGGCCAUGAUCUCAUUCAGGGCCACUCUCUGAAUUUCAGGACUGAGCCUCUGUCCACUGUAGCACAAUGAGUGUGGUGUCUCUUUGUCACAUUGUAUGGAUGUUUCCCCUUCAUUUAUGCUCUCUUCCUUUUCCUGAAACACUUUCAGGUUACUGCAGAAUUAUGUCACCUGUAGGGAGCCUGGAAACUAUGCUUCUCCCAGAUGGGACAUUCCUAAGAAUAUCAUAUGCCCCAGGGGUGUGCUUCGUAUGCACUAUAGACUGAACUUUUAGUGCUAGAACUCCAGUCCUCUGGAAUUAGUUACCAGCACCUAACACUUUGACAUUUGGUGGCUGUUGAAGUCAUUUUUGUUAAGAAGGCUUUCUGUGAAGUGUAUACAGUCAGGCUUAUGGGGUGUUGAUACAGUUGUAAAAAUGGUUCUACUGUUUGAUAUCUUUCUGUAGCUAACUUUUAUUUAAUGGAAUAAUACUUCAGUAACUUUUGGUUGUGAAGCAAUUUGUAAAUUUAUAAAUAAAAAGGCAUCAAUUUGAGGGGUUUAUGCCUGCAAAAAAGGUAGACACUCCCCCACAAUUUGGUGCGACCCACCAUUAAAAAAGUUUGUGGGCUGUAUUUUUUUUUAUAUAUAUAAAUGAUAUUUAUUACUUUUUUAACAACACUUCAAACAAAAAAAAAGAAAAAACAAAGCAAAUACAAUACAAAAACGUUACAUGGACUAACAAAACAAACAAAAACAAUUUAAAAACACCUCAAACAUUUUCAAUAUCUUAUAUUUCAUUCACUUAUUUCCAGCGACCUCCUCCCACCUCCCUUUUUGUAUUCCACUUCUAUUAUUUGUUUCAGCAAUUCCUUUCCAUCUUACUCUGUUUUCUAUUCUAUAAUUAUCUUAACACAUUCUUGCCAUACUUUUCCUUUAAUUUUCUAUUAAUCUAUUUAUACCUAAUUCCUUAUGACAUUUCUGCUAAAGCCAUAUAAUUUCAUUCCAACAUUUUUCUAACAUUCCUUAACUUUACAGUAUUUCCAUAAAUAGUCUUUAAACUUUUUCCAAUCUUCUUCCACCGACUCUUCACCCUGGUCUCGGAUCUUGCCAGUCAUUUCCGCCAAUUCCAUAUAGUCCAUCAACUUCAUCUGCCAUUGUCCAACACUUCAGUGUUUUCAAAAAGCAACCAUUCUCUCAACCAGCAAAAAGGAUGGUUCACAGCAAAAUUUAAAGGUCUGGCAGGGCAGGUCCACCUCCUUCUUUGGCAUCCAUCAAUAUGUAUUUUUUAAAUAAAUAAGGCACAAAUCUGUUGAGGUAAGUUGAGCUGCAGAAUAAAUCCUGGGUGGGGGGGGGGGGCGAGGCAUUCCUGCCUCUACUAUACUUCUGCUAAGACUGAAAAGUGUCUUUCAUAGACCUUGCAGAUCUUAGGUGCAGCCAUUGUACUCAAUGUCACUUUUGUCACAGAUCUGAUUGGGCUGUGUUUUCUUUUGGUUGUAUCUGCCUCUCUCCACAUCCACAAAAGAAGACCAAAAAUGCUGCUCUAAACUGGUUAAUUUCUUUUGUUAUUGGCUCCAAGUCAAAAAGAACCUGGAUGGGGCUUCUGAUUGUCCUUUUUUACAGUACAUCACCAUCAUCAUCAUCAAUUUUAUUUGUAUAUUGUCCUCCCCAGCCAUAACCGGGCUCAGGGCGGCCAACAUCAAAAUAUAAAUACUUAAAAUGUAAAAUUCAGCAAUCGACUGAAAUACAUAAUAUAAAAUGGACUGGGGGUGGAGGAAGAGCAAGGUUUGGAUUCUAGUAUUUCUUAGAGUUUUGUCCAGAGUCCAGAGUUUAUUGGCGUCUACUUUGGAAGCAAACCUACAGCAUUUUGGCCUCCUCAUUUGGCACGAUUUUAUAUUUAAGGGUUUCAACUAUGGCAGACCUCUGGUAUGGUAGCACAGUUCUUUAAAAGCUUCGUCAUUUUCUUCCCUUCCCCAUUAGGGAGUCUAGCAACAAGGAGAACAAUUCCCACCCAGAAUGGAGUUUUACUACAGUUCGGAAGAAGCCAGAGGCCAAGAAACUGCAGAACGGAACAGUACGUCCAGCCAGAAUUUCUUUCUAUUCUUUAAGCUCCUUGGAAGCUGCCACAGGCAGAGAGCUGACCCUUGGUGUUUGUAAAGCAGUCAGAAAUGUCCCCACCCCUCUGUAGACACACAGCAUUGCUCCCUGGCAAUACUGACUACAUUUCAGGUGGUCAAAUUCAUCUCUGCAGUUGCGAGGAUCAGAAUGAUGGUUAUAGUGGUGGUGAUGCUUACAACUUUUAUUAAUGAAGACUAGGAUUAUCAGGACUGCAAUAAAAAAGUGAACUGUGGUGUAAAAUUAUCUAACACUUCUGUAAAUUGUGUUUAACCUACCGUAUGUCCACCACUUUAUUUAUUGGGAGGGCACACCGUAGUUUGGAGCCAAUGGAGCUUUUCUCAGUAGAUUGUCAAGUAAGAGUCUGUAGAGCAUCUAAAGUGUUUCCUGUGAUCCGCACCCUCCCUCCAGUUGCAAAAAUCAUUGUGAUGAGAAUAAAUUUGAUUAUUUCAGUCCAUAUAAGUUGUUGUUUUCUUCAUUUUGGGGGGCCACCUCCAGGACUGACCUUUGGAAAAACAGCCAUAAGCUGUACCAAAGUUUGCACCUGCGAGAAAAGUUGCUUCUGCAGAUCUCCCUGUGGACUAUAUCUCUUAUCAGCCCAGUUUAUGCCAGCAUUUCUCCACACAUCUGUAGGCACAUAUGUGAACAUGAGGAGCCCCUCAUGUAGUCUUGUCCAUUUUUAACUGGUCCUUGGUCUCCUACUUAUUUCAGUUAUUUGUCAGCAAGUGUUUGAUUAAUGUAUCUCCUAACUUUCCAGGACCAAGAUCUCAUGAAAACCCUGAGCUGUUUAACAAUGAUAAUCACUCCUGUCUUUGCUGAGGUAAGUUUUCAGUUUGAGGCACAUCCAAAGCAUGUACAGUAAAGGUUGCAAAAUUUUGACCAUUUUUGUCUGCCUCUCAGCUUAAGCAGCAAGACACCAAUAAUGCAAGCAGGAAGAAAGCAAUUGAAGAACUUGAAAAAAGCAUCAAUAUGGCAGAAGCAACAUGUCCAGGAAUCACUGAUAAGAUGGUGAAGAAACUUAUGGAGAAGUUUCAGAAGUAAGCAUAUGGGUUUCAUUUCUUAACCUGUGUUCUUCUUUAGGGUCUGUCUGCAUUGCCUGUAACCUCAUUUCCUGCUUUCUGUGUGAGUGUAGGAAAGGUAGUGGAAAAAGCACUGUUAGCAACCUUAGGAGGUGGAACUGGAUUGAAAGAGUCUGGGAGGAUUAAUGUGAGGAUGGUGAGGAAAACGAACAGUGUACAUGGAUUGGUAGUCUGUAAAAUAAAUAAAUUAUUAACUACUUAGCUGGGAUAUAACUGAGCACUUUCUUCUUGUGUUUGUCUCCUUAGGUUUUCAGUUAAUGACUCCUCCUAAGAAACUUUCUAUCAGUGAUGCUGUUCCAUAUGGACCCAGUAAUAGCCCACCAAAACCUACUAUAAGCUUGGCAAUGCUUUGUUCAUGAGCUCCUUGUGCCUUUUGGAUCAUUGCAACAUAUAUAAUGAUCGCAGAUUUGACAGGACUUAAUUCCACUAUUUUGUGAUGGGUAUACAUGCUUUUUUGUAUUUCCAGGACAUUCUUUUUUGUAAAGAGCAACUUUUAAUAUUGUAGUUUUCACUUAUUUAAUCCAGUUUAAAACAAAAAACAAAAACGGUGAGGUGCAGCUUUGCUUCAAGAUAUAACCAGUGGAAUGCCAAUCUCCACACGCAGGAUCUGGGUUGACCAGAGAUCAAUGGAAUGCACUUGAGUUCAUAGGAAGUGCACAUGCUGUGUUUCAACAACAUUUCGUUACUCUCCAGAGACGAGUCUUGUUUCUUUUUAUGUCCACAUAAGAUACAGUUCUUCUGAGUCACUAAAACUAGACUUCAAAACAGCUUUUUACAGGAAAAUAUACGAGAGCACCUUAACCUAUAGGAUGUGGCUAUAGCACUUGCUCAAACACCAUAGUAGUCUUUAUUUAGGCCCCUGUAAAUGUAAUACCUACAACAACAUAGGAGCUAACUCCUAGGGGCCGAGGUCCCUUCGGCGCCCCUGAUAAAAUAUUUGAGCAGGCCAGGCCCCCCAAAGUUGGUUGGCAAUGCCAUUCAUAUGGAGGGGUGUCACCAUGUCAUGUGACCAAUGAUGGGGGGCACGGCUUUCCUGGAGCACCCUCCCCCCAAUAUUUUACCCAAGUUGGCAUCACCAAGCAACACUAUUCUUUUGAAAAAUGGGUACAGUGUUUUAGGCAGCUCUGUAAUCACCUACAUUUUGAGAGCAAUAUGUCAUUAGCUUUGCAAGUUAACAUGUAGUGACUGAUAUAGCUUAGUGUACAGUUUGUACGUAUUACCCUUCAGGGCAGGAUUUCAAAUAGUCAUUCAUCAUGGUAAAGAAAAUUUUAAAGCAAUACAGAUGAAGGGCAGGGGGCUUUCUGCAAUAAUGGGCACACAUAGAAAUCUGGCUUAAUUUAAUCAUUUCUUCAUUCUUUAGUAAGAUUCGGGAGGGGGAAGUAGCUCAUUCUUUGUUUUGGGCAGGGGACCUAUGGGAAUACCGUGGCAUGCGAUGAAAUACCUCACCAGAAGGUAUAAGUGUGUGACACCAGCGUUUUGUGUGGUGGUGUUCUAUCCUGUAAGAUAUUUAUACACUUACGUUCUUAAAGACAUUUACAUGCAGUGCAUUACCAUGUUUAAUUCCUCUUCCCCACCCCUAUGUAUUUUAAAUACGUAUUUACCAGUUAAUAUGCAAAUAACUGAGUUAUAGAUAUUCUUUCACAAAAAGAUAGUACUGUUCAGUACAGAGUGAUUUUUUUUUCAUAAAAGGUAGCUAAAAUUAUAAACUUGUUUUCAAUUAUAUAUUUAUGGUACUGUUUAGAUUGGGUAAUAUCUCCCCCCCCCUUUCAACCCAGUUUGUAUAUUAUGCUGAAGUUUGAAGUGGGGUUGUAUUUCAGUCCUUAGCUGUGGAACUGUUGGUGUAAAUUUAUUUUUGAUAAAAAGUCUGGAUGUGUUUAAUUUUAUGGUUUGGAUCUGCACAUUUUUUGUUUUUGCACAAAAGUCAUUUAAAGGAUUUGAAAUAUAUCUGCCAAAUAUUGAAAAGCGUUAAAGGAAUGCAAGCAAAUACUGAUUUUCCCCCCUUAGUUUAAAAGUUGCCAUUACAUCGUUUAAAAAAAAGAAAUAAAUAAAGAUAUAAAGACACUGGCGACAGAUGGUGGUUUAGAAAUGCCAAGGGCAAUUAUUUUCAAUGGUGCCUACACUGUAAAAUAUAUAUAUAUACUUUAACUCAUUUGUUUUAAUUUUAAAGAAAUGUUUGUUUAAAAAAAAAGCUUUCAUCGCUAUAUAACUGAAACACAAUUAAAAUUUAUAUCUGAGGGGGGGAAAGUCUGGGCAUAGUUUUUGAAAACAAUAAUGUUAUGGAUUAAAUAAAAAUAUUUUUAUAAAUGUAAAAGCAGCAAAUGUUGUAAAUAUACAGUUGAUCUGAAGCUUCACAAAAUAACUGCAUCACUGAAACAGAACUCUAGUGCUCUUCUCUGUAGCUAUUAGGCCUGUAAAUCUGUUUAUAGAUGAAGCUCCUUUCAGUGUUUUUUGGGGGCUGGGGGGAGGGCAGGCAAGGGGGCAGCAGAAGGUUGAAUGGUUUAAAGAAAUAAAUAUUUAAGUUCUGU